GAUUAAAUAUGCUGCGUCAUGUUGCUGUCGGAAGUAUGUCCAACAAUAGCAAGAUCGCAACUAGACCAACAACCAGGGCAGCAACCCCAAUCAACUAGUUAAACCUGCAAGAACAAUAAGAACAAAACGAACAAAAAAAAAAAGAAAGAAAAAAACACGAAAAAGCCGACCAAAAGCAUUAACUAGAGUAGCUAUUCUAUUUGGGAAAUUUAUUCACACCAACCAACAAACCAAGUUAACAACAAUUAACAACAACUGCAAGAAGGUUUACAAAAAAACACCAACAACAAAACCAACAAUUUUUUUAGAAGAAAAACAAAAACAUUCUGUGAUAUCUUACGAUCCAAAGAUGACAUUGGUAACCAUGCACUUGAUGGUGAUAGCGCUGCUGCUAGCAGCGACAGCAAUGACAGCAACUGCAACUUCAUCAGCAGUUGCAAGAAGCAAUGGAGGAGGCAGAGGAGCAAUACGAGCUGCAACAUCUCUUAUAGACAGCAGCAGCAGCAUCAGCAGCAGCACACAACAAGUGCCAACGAUACGAGCGCCACGUCAGCGAAGUCCAUUCACAACGCAACCAAUUGAUAUUGAUGUUUCAGUGACACCGUAUCGAAAUCGGGGCACAAGACAACAACAACAAAAGCAAACACAAACAACACCUCUUCCAUCGUUAGCAUCGUCGACGGCAACAUCAAGACAGCAGCGACGACGCUUUACCACAACAACAACAACAACAACCACAACUGCAGUGCCUCCACCUUCCUCAAGGCGGGAGCGUGGUAACAUUAGAGCCGCCCGCCAACCACGCAAUACUCCAACACUAAAAGAUCCAAAUGAUGAUGGCAAAAUGGAAGUAACAAAUACUCUGCCACUUCAACCGACCACACCGACAACUCCAACCACUACCACGGCCUCAUCUCGCGGUCUUCAUGUUGGAGCUCUAAAAACACCACGAAUGAUCCAACGUUUGGUGGCGGGACACAUACACAACGCACAGGGUCAUUCCACAUAUGAGGUAUCGGCAGUUAGUGCCAAUAGCUCCUCAUCGGCCUCCAGCUCCACCUCGGUGUCGACUGCCACACCGUCGAGUAUCACAACAAAGCAGCCGCAACAACAUGCACGACGUAAAACGAGCAGCAGCUUUCGCCUGGGCAGACCCUCAUCCACAUCCACAACCACAACUCACUCAUCUCUGGCAUCCCACGAUUAUGACGACGAUGAGGCAUUGCUUAGCGAACCCGAUGACUUUGACAAUUGGGAUAAUGGCAUUUUGCGGUUGAGUGCCGGUUCUGGUAAGGAAACAGCUGACAGUGUCCCAAAGAAGCAACAGGGUAAAGAGGAUUCCAAGAAAACGUUGGCCGAUCAGGUGAGAGAUGGCAAAUACGGACUUAUCGAGAAGGAGCUCUUUCGCCGUAUACCCAAACGACCGGGUGUGCUUAGCUAUGCCCGCAACUCGGAGGUACCAGCGGACAAUGAACGCAAUUUCGGUGGCCUUAACGAACAGGAUAUCUGGCUGGCCGAGGAUCAUUUGCUUGUGAUCAAAGGUGGCAGUCUUAAUGAGGACUCUAACGAUGAGGAAUGGCCGGCCAUAGAUGAUUACGAUGCGCCGACCAGGCAAAUUAAAUUACCCGAUAAUCCGGUAAAGCCGCCUCCAUUUCCCGUGCAGCUUGAACCGCAUGGACCGUUGCAGCUUAUCCCAAAUAAUCAGCUCGAAAUCCAUCAUACGUCGCUUGGCAAUGGAACGAUACCCGCAAAAAAGGAAGGUAAGCAUUCCGCCGCGAGUGGCGGUGCCCACGCGUCGCAUUCUGCUACCCGGUCGGGAGCGGCAACAACGUCUAAGGGAGUCGGCGGUGGUGGCACGCCCACAUAUAUCUACCCGUCACCCUAUGCACCGUGGCUGCUCUAUCCCAACGAAACGUUGGCCGGCGAUAGCAAGGACGAGAGGCAACGCCAAGAGACGCCGGCCGUGCUAAGGCCAUCGACGCCCCUUUUGGGCAAUUGGCUACUAAACGGUCUCAAUGGGAAUGACACAUCCUUACCGGCGGUCAAUGUCAGUGAUUUUGAUGAGGAUGAUCCCUCGCUAUAUUAUCCACCAGCCUAUAGUUUCGUCUACAAAUCGAACUACUCAAAUCCAGUACCUCCAGGUCCUCUAGUGCCAGGCAUUGUCCUGCCCCCUCCACCCGAUCACUUUAGUCGACUUGAUGCUCCAACGACUUCAACCUCAACGACCACUACAUCGACAUCUACUUCGACGACGACGACGACGACGACCACAACAAUGCGUCCCAAGAUCACCACCCAACAGAGUCCAGCAUCUGUGGUUAGGACGUCAUAUAAACCAAAAUACAAUGCAAUUAGCUAUUUGCCACCCAAAUCGUCAACUAGUCCUCCACGACGAAUAUUACCAAAAUAUGUCGAAAGGGUGCCAGUGCCUGUGGCCGUACCCAUACCCAUAUAUCCGAUCAAUUAUACACCACAUCCUCCGACCGAGGCUCCCAUUGUGUUUGUGCCCAGCUCGACAACAGUUCAGCCGCCACUCUCGAAAUCGAAUCCAAUUUACUAUGAGUAUUUCGAGGCGAAACGACAACCGGCUUCGAUUAGGAGCAAUGUCAUUGAUGAUUUUCUGGCUACCAAGCCGCCAAAGCGACAUCAUUUCAAAGCUCCACCCAGUGCAGUCAACGAUGUUGCCCUGGAUGUGGUCGAUGUGGUGAAGAUAACACCAAAGCCUCGAACAGCCCAAAUACAGGCCUUGCAUGCUGAGUAUAAUGCAGCCUUGGGUCAACUAUUGAGAAGUAAUCUCAUCGCGCCGCCAUCGAAUCCGGGACGUUUUAAGCCGCCAGAUUUCGAUAGGCAACCGUUCCUGCCCAUGGUGAAUUACAGUGUCGAUGAGCAGGAUCAGAAUGCGUUCAAGGCGAUUGUCUUUCAGCCCACAAGUCAGCGUCAGUUGAGAGUGAGCAAGCAUCAGCAGUUGCAAUUGGAUCCGGGUGGAUCACAAGUGGACACGGAGCUGACCAAUUCCUAUUUACCCGAACGCCAGCUAAGGAUGGGCAAGCAGCAACAACUUGUUUACGAGCCAUCGCCUCCCACUCCACACUAUCUUGAUGUGGUGGAUAAACAGAGUGGCCAGCGGCAAGCAGCGGUUCGUCUUCGUCCGCCGGCACAACCGCUACAAUUCUGGCAACAGCGUCCUCCGCCGCCGCCACCGCCACCUCAGCCGCAAUUCAAACGCAUACGUCAGGGUAAUGUCAGGAAUCCCUCCUCCUAUCCGCCCUACUUUAUACCCGGUGAGCCGAUCUAUCGCCUCUUGCCUGUGGCUCAUGCCCAGCACAAGCAUAGCUGGCGCACCAAAACAUCAUCACAGCCCAUUCAAGUGCAACCUCAAUCCCAUUCGCAAUCCUAUUAUCCGGAUCGGGAUGAUGAUGUUGACAAUAUUGGGGUCGGCGUUAACAUUGGCCACAGUCUGGCUGGUGAUAUUUUGGUCAACUAUAAUACCAAUAAUCAAUUCAAUCCACAAGCUGAGCUGGUGCCACAUGCCCAAUUGGGUCCGCCACCCUUGUCCUAUCAAGCCCAUGGGCAGGGGCAUGGUCAUGGACCACUGUGGUCAGAACGUGAGCGUCCGGUUAGGCAAUCGCGUGUCCAAUUGCCAGAGCAAUAGUCGAUGAUUCUUCUAGCAAGGAGGAUUUUCUAUGUCAUUUUAGUGUCUUUCGACAAAAAUGUUGUGAUCGUUGAAGAUAAUGAUUCAUUUUUAAUUUGGAAUGCUCCGCUGAUGGGACGAGACGGGGGGUGAGGAGUGAGUCUUCCACCACCAAGCAGAAUCAAGUUCCACCACUAAAAUAAACUUUAUAUAUGUAUGUCUAACCCUUAAUUAGCUUCUCGCUGUGGGAGCCUGGUCAUUUUAAGGGUAAAAAACAAUAAAAUACAAAUACAUACGGUGUCCCUCCUCCUUCUACUCCGCCCCGUUGCCGUUCCCGUCCCUUUCCUAUGCACUUUUGGACCGACCCUGUAUGUAUGUACAUAUAUAUAUUAAAUUUGUGAUCAAAAUGUACCAGAACAGGGAUUCAUUCCAAUAUUGAUAAAUCAAUGGUUUAGUAUUGAAUCACAAUACGCACUUGCGUUUUUCAAAGUUUAUUUGAAUAUAUUAGCCCACUUAGGAUAUAUCUAAUACAUCUUUGAGCCAACUCUACUCUAUCAACUAGUUACAUUUAUAUAUAUAUAUAUAAUCUGUAUACCAGUAUUGACUUAUUGGUAUUAUUACUCAAUUCUAGAAAUACGUUUUUUUCCUUGUUAGAAAAACUUUUCAAAAAGAGAUCACAAAAUCAAAGACGUU